AUGAGUUAUACAGAUUCCAUUGUUUUUUCAGAAUCUGAACAUGAACCAGAACCCGAAUCAGGUACUGAAACCGAAGAAAAUACAAGUAGUGUAUUAUUCUUCAAAAAGGCUCCUAACGAUGAAUCCAGGUUAGCUAGGAAUAGCAUAAUAUAUAAGAAGAAUAACAUUGAAAAGGGCCUAACCAAGGAUAAAAGGGUUACUGUACAGCAGGUUUUGGAUAAAAGGACGUAUGUGCGACUCAAAAGAUUGCACGGACGCGGAAUUUUUGAUUUUAUAUACGGGGUUAUCAGCACAGGAAAGGAGGCGAACGUAUACGAAGCAGAAGGAACACUCCUAUCUCAGAAGCACAGAAUAGCAAUUAAAGUGUAUAAAACAUCGAUUCUAAUAUUUAAAGAUAGGUCGAGGUACAUUGAGGGAGAAUUUAGGUUCAGAAGGUCCUACGUGGGCACUAAGAACCCAAGGAAGAUGGUUAGCCAGUGGGCAGAAAAGGAGUUCAGGAACCUCAGAAGGAUCUCACUAUCAGGACUGUGCUGUCCAGCCCCAAUCGCACUGAAGGAUCACAUACUGAUAAUGGAACUCGUCCAGGACUCGGAAGGACUGGUGGCCUCUAAACUGAAGGACCUGGGCUCACUGCCUCUGGAGGAGUGGAUGUCGAUAUACGCGCAGGUCAUAUCGAUAAUGAGAAUAUUGUACCAGGAGCCGAAGCUAAUUCACGCAGAUUUUUCAGAGUAUAACCUGCUAUACACCGACUCGAAGGUUAUAGUUAUUGACGUGUCCCAGGCGGUUGAGAACGAUCACCCCAACGCCAUGUACUUUUUGAAGAGGGACUGCGAAAAUAUAACCACAUUUUUCACAACAAUACAAUGUCACAUAGCAAAUCACAUGCCUAAAGAUGGAGAAAACAAAGAGGAAGAUGAAGCGGAAGAUACCACACAAAUAAAUGAAACGCACGGAGACAAAGGAAACAGCCACGGUGAAGAGGCUGAUGAUCCUGAGAUUGUUGAAGUAGGAGUUGGUGAAGCGAAGGCUACGAAAAUGGAAGUUGAUGAAGAAAUUAAAUUCAACAUGCUGACGUCAUACCAACUUUUUAAUUUCAUUACAAUGGACAUGGAAGUGGACAUGAACGCAAAUGUAAACCGGGAAAUUGAAAUGGAAAUUGAAAAGUUGAACACGAAUGAAUUGAAAGAAGAAGAAGAAGUGGAUUGGUAUGUGAAUAAGAUGGUGUUUACGUCCAAAAACGCUAAAUUUGAACACUUGAAGGAGACGAUAAUUAAGAAAAGAAGGUACUACAACGGGCUGUGUAGGUACGUGGAGAAGCUGUUGAAUGAAAGGAACCCUUCAAUAUUCGUAUCAGAAAAGUACGAAACUAGGAACUUUAUAUCACACGAAGCUACGUGGAAUUCAUUGAAACUGAUUAACAUCUCAGGACUGACAGUGGAUGUAUUGGAUAGGCUGGAAAGAGAAAAAAGUUUACCAGAAAUUAAAAUAACCAGAAAGAAGAUGGUAGAAACGAAGACAGACGGAGAAGAAAGUGACGUUAAUGAAAUGGAAGCAUUUGACGGAAAAAUACCUGAAGGAAUUCCAGCGAAGGACUGGAAGAAAAUGGUAAAGGAGAUGAACAGAGAGCGCAGGAAACACAAAAUACCGAAACACAUUAAAAAGUCGUUUAAACACAAGCAUGUGCAGAAUUUGCACGUUUGGGGUGGUGGUGUGGGAGCUAUGUGCUGUGGGAACAAAAGCACGUAA